AUGGAAGUCCUCACAGAGCCGAAAACUCACCCUUCUGAACUCAACGCUGAAGUGCAGUCUACAAUAGCAGACCGUACACUUGCCAAUCUAGAGAAGAUAACCCAGAGCGUUACAGAUGCAGAUAAUGCACCGGAAACUUCGAGUGAGACAGUGACUCCCGACGCAAGAGAGACCCCAAGCCUCAAAGGUACCACUGAAACCAAGGCAGAAGUGACUGGGGCUGAUGAGAGUGGGAAAAACGAGGCCUGCCGCAGAAACACUGAAGUCGAUGGAAGUAUUGCCAUAGCGACCCCGGAAAGCACGAAGGACCAAGGGAACAUUGUUUUCGUUGAUCCUUUUGGCACACGCUGGACCUUUCCAUACGAGGAUUCAAAAACUUGGGAGGGGACCAAGAAACUGGUCAAAGCAGUCUUUGACACAUAUUCCACUGAAUGGCUCGCAGACUAUCUCGAUGAAGAUGACGGUCUUGGUGGAACAUUAUCCAUCACCAAAAUCAAACCUGAACAUUCAAAUGUCCUGCCCAGUCACUGGGAAAGCUUGGUCUCACAUGGAUGGGAAUUCAAGCUUGAAUUCAGAUUUGAUGUGCUCUCCUUGAUCCGCAAAGAGAAGAAGCUCACCGAGGAAGAAGCUGCCGAAAAGGCCAAUAAAGAGGCCAAAGAGACAGACGCGGAAGUCGAAGAAUUGAGUCAGGUGGCGUAUGUUGCAACUUAUUUGGCCCCGGACAGCGAUGGUGAUUACCAGCGUCGUAAUACUAAGCGACUUAACGACAAGACAAUUUUCACCAAGGUUUCCGACGUCCAAAUUCCCAAAUCGGUGCUCGAGGAGCAUAGGGAAGUCUACUGUAGCAAUAAAUAUGCCACUGACCCUGAAGACAACAUGUUCGAUACAAUCAGCAGUCCAGUACUCUAUAUUCACUCGCCAAUCCUUCUCAAUGCUCUCAAUGCUAUCAUUGACUGCCAAUCACGUCCAGACAGGAUUCCUCGGGUUGAAUAUCGUGUCGAAGGAAUUGAAAGUGAUCUUGGACAGGGGCGGCUAGUGUACCCUUUCACUGAUCUUCAUCAUUAUCGAGGGAGAUUGCUCCAGUAUCGGGAGGAAGUGGGCGACACUCAUGACAGCGAGUACAGCACAACGUGUCAAGAGCAUAUUGACAUUCUGGUUGAAUAUCUGGAUGGUCUCACGUCGAUUGGACUGAGAAAUGCCGAGCUUCUCUGGAACAGCGAAAUUCCAAAGACGACUUUCUCCUCUCUCUGGCUCCUACUAAAACCUGGGACAGACGUUUUUGUUCAGGAGCAAGGUAAGCUGAAUGCGUAUGUCAUCGAAUCAUUUUCGGGAGGUGUUCCAUGGGGUUUCCCGAAUGCUCGGUCACGGCCAUAUGUGGUGAAUGUUUGGAAUCUCGACUAUGAUGGGCAAGUGCUGAGCCGUUCCGCUAAGGAAGUCAAUAUUUCUGUUUUUGACGGCCAGCGUGAGAUUACCUCGCUACCUCUGUUUCCAAUCAAAUUUUAUGUGGAUGAGGAUCCCCAGAAUCCUCUACGGCAGCAGUUGGUGGACCGAGGGAAAAGGUUCGUGAAAAUGGUGAAGACACCUACGUUUCAGGAAUACAGCGGCCCAAGUAGACUGCAAGGUAACCGCACGUUUAACCGAACGCGAGUCGUCGUGGACCACACAAGUCAACCAUGGAAACUGGACGAAAUUGCCAGUGAAAAGCACGCGCAUUGUCCUAUUGCAGAGCUAUACAAUGUCGAGUUAGGCCAGCGGACGAGGGAGCCAAGAUGUGUAUGCAAAACAUGCGAAGCCAACAGUCUGCGCCAACACGGCACCCAACGCCGCAUUUUCGAUGACUACGACAAUAUUGAUCUGAGUUCAGUUCUUACCCUGACUGACCACCAAUAUCUACUAUGUUGGUCGCAUGUAUAUGCAUACGUGUUAAAAGACCGCGUUUGGGAUGUGCUAGAGGUAUCCAAUCUGAGGGAGCCAACAAUCCAUAAAGAUAUCAUCGACACGCUUGUACUAAAGCCAGAGAGCAACAAGCAAAUGAUCAAGGCUGUCUGCGAGAUAUUUGGUGGAACGUACAAACAGGCUUUCUCUUCGGACUUCAUUCAAGGCAAAGGAGAAGGGCAGAUCUUGCUACUUCAUGGUCCUCCGGGAACAGGAAAGACUCUCACAGCUGAGUCUGUGGCAGAGUAUACCGGUCGACCUCUUCUGAGCAUCACUGCGGCUGAUUUAGGCCAUGAACCAGUGCCACUCGAAAAGAAUCUGCUGCGCUUUUUCAGAGACGCAAGACAUUGGAACGCAAUCGUUCUUCUCGAUGAAGCGGAUGUUUAUCUCGAAACUCGGUCUGCCCAGGAUCUUCGACGGAAUAGCAUUGUUUCUAUUUUCCUGCGAGCGCUAGACUACUUUCAAGGUAUUCUUUUCCUGACUACCAAUCGUGUGGGAAGUUUCGAUGAAGCAGUCAUGUCACGAAUUCACGUACAAAUCGGAUAUGACCCACUUGACGAGGACUCAAGAAGACAAAUCUGGGACGGUUACUUCAAGAAGCUCUCCAAAAAUCACAAAAAUGAUGGCCAGGAGAUCCGUUGCUCAUACGACGCCAAAGAAUUUAUCCGGAAAUCGGACGAUCUCCGGGCCCUCAAAUGGAACGGCCGUGAGAUACGAAACGCAUUCCAAACUGCUGUGGCUCUUGCAUGCUUUCAGGCAAAGCAGGAAGGGAGCGCCAUUCCUGAGUUGACAGAUGACCAUCUUCGUCAAGUCGUGAACAUGUCCCAGAAUUUCAAGAGCUACGUGAGAGCAGUUCGUGGGAAGGAGGAGGAUUACGCUUAUGCUGCAGGAGUCAGAAACGACACCACAAGGUCUUCUGGGAGGAGUGAUGAACGACUGAAAGGCGUGGAUAUUCCUAACUUCUGA